UCAUUGUGCGGACGCACAUUCGGCCUGACUUUGCCGACGUUGGCCGCAGCGUGCGGUCCAACGGGAUCUGAUAGGCCUAACUUGUUGCAACUUGGAGUCAGGGCGUCUCUUUGGGCCACGAAGCAAAGAUGGACGCCACCCGGGCCUUAUUGGACUCGCUCAUGGGGAAGGAUCGAAAUUCUGCUCCUGACUCCAAGCGACAAAGCUUCAAGGAUGCUGAUGUUUGCAAGUACCACUUGGUCGGUGACUGCCCUCACGAGAUGUGGGUGAACCAGGGUGGGAAGGCAUCGCCCAAUAGCCCCGUCGGACCGUGCAAAAAGCAGCAUUCAGAGGCGAUGCGAGAACGUUUGAAGGAGGACAAGGAUUACGUCAGAUAUCACUGGCGAUAUUUGGAAGACCUAAGAGUCUUCUUGCAGAAACUUGUUGAUGACAACAACAAAAAAGCAGAGAAAGUGAAAGAAAAGCUGAAGGAGGGAGUGACCUGCACAGCUGAUACUCACAAAGCAGUUGAAGGUCACAUCUCUGAAAGAGAAGCGCUUGCACACGAGAAACUUCAAGCUGCCGAAAAAAUGGCGGAGGAGGGCAAUCUGGAGGUUAGCAAGCAAGCUAUGGAAGAAGCUGAUGAGAUCGCCCAUCAGAAGUUCCGGUUGAACCGGCUCAAGGAGGUGGCUGAAGGUUGGCUGGACGAGUGCUGUGAAGUUUGCGGAUCUCAAAUCUCCUGGCGUGCUGUUGAGGAGCUUGAGGCUCGCUCCAAGGGCCGAGAACAUCCACAUGUUCCAGGAGCUUGGCAUCAGGGCUGGAAACGAUGCCGAGAAGCCCUGAAGAAGGUCACAGAAGAAGCGCAAAAGGCUCGAGAGGCCUUGGGCGGCGCUGAUGUGGGAGAAGUGGUGGAUGAAAAUGCGCAGGACCCCUUUGCAGGCCGAAAUGGCCGGAGACGAAAUCGAGACCAGGUCAAACAGGCAGCCAGCCGCUCCAGAGAUGGUGGCAAGGCUCGCAAAACGAGUCCUUCCAAAGAGAAGGAAAAACGUGAGAAAGAAAAAGAAAAGGAGAGAGCCAAGCAGAGAGACAAGGACAAGAAAAAGAGCCGGCGAAGCUCCUCCAGGCGAGCCAGGCGGAAGAAAAGCUCCAGUCCGCGGAAGAAACGAAGCCCGAAACGAAGCCCGUCCAAGAAGAGAAGGAAGAGAAAGAGCAGCAGUAGCAGUUGAUUUUCUGAUGGUAACCAACUUUAUAUGGUCCUAGAGCAAAUGUCAAAACCUCGGGCAGAUGAGUUUGAUCCUGCAGAACCUAUAUACUGCCCUCCAUAUGGUGGCUAGACUGCGAUGGUUCUAAUCAUCUUCAACUUGCAAACAUGUCUGCACUUUUAGCUUGAUUGUUGCGUGAAACAGUGAGAUGUCAACUGACCUCGUGCAAAGGGCUCGAAUGGUCUUUGCGGUUGAUGAGAGUGCAAAUGGUACGAAGUUGCCACCUGCCACGGUGCACAUGCAGUUUUCAUCUCUUUGUCAUAUUAUU